UUCUACUCUCGUUCGGCCUCUUCUUCCUUAGUCUUCCUCCAAUUCCACUUCUCUCUUCUCCCUCUGGUGGUUCCUUCGGCCCUCGUCGACGGAGCUCGCCAUCGCUAGGGUUUCCAUCGACGCGCGAUUUCCAGGACUCGCUCCUCCGAUCUCGAAGGAGCUUAAGCCAUGGGAAAGAGGAAGUCGAGGGCGAAGCCACCUCCUAAGAAGCGAAUGGACAAGCUAGAUACGGUCUUUAGCUGUCCAUUCUGCAACCAUGGCACAAGUGUUGAAUGUCGCAUUGAUAUGAAGAACCUCAUCGGUGAAGCCAUAUGUGGAAUCUGCCAGGAAAGCUUUAGCACUACCAUCACAGCUUUAACUGAGCCGAUAGACAUAUACAGCGAAUGGAUCGAUGAAUGCGAACGGGUUAACAACCAAGAAGAGGAAGCCGCUUAGGACGGAAUGAAGAUGCAUGCAGAAGCUACUCUGUUGAAUAGAUAAAGCCUGAUGCAUGAAUUUCUAAAGCAUGUAAAUUACUGAUACAUGCGUCGUUUCCAGUGGUUUUGAGCGCUUGAGUGGUGGGCGUCGGCACGGUGGCGACCUGGAGAAUAAUUUGUAAGGUGAGGCCAGGGAAUCACCUAGUGUGCAUGUUGGCUUGUUGUACUUUAUGAAAAUCAUAUAGUAAUACACUACUAUUCGUUGG